AUGGAUCUCACGGUAAACAAUUUCGCCUAUCACCUUCCCGCGGUACUCAAUGAGAUCGCUGCAAGUUGCUUCGUCGCUCUGGAUCUCGAGCUGUCCGGCAUUGCCCUCUCUGCCAAGUUCCAGGGUAACAGAUCCAUCCAGAAGCACUACGAAGAAAACAAGGCCGCCGCGGAGAAGUACCAGGUACUGCAGGUUGGAUUGACAAUUUGUCGUGAAGACAAAGAAAAGGGGAGCUAUUUGCUCCGGCCUUACAAUAUGUUUUUAAACCCGUGUCUGGACCGCAAUCUCAAUAUUAACCGGGAUUGCACUUUGAUGGGCUGGUCCAUGGAAUUUUUGGUCGGCCACAAGUUCGACGUUGGUGCACUCUUCACCCAGGGUCUCCGCUAUUUGUCCCGGGAAGAAGAGAUCCUAGCUCGAGAAGAAGCUAUCCGACGAUGGGCUCCCAGUGAGUCCAUGGAGGCAAUCGAGGACAAUCUCCGUGAUGAGGGAGAUGUCCGCUUUGUUGAGGCUGUCCGCCGUCUAAUUGAUGCGUGGGUGGCCGGAGGGAAGACACGGGGCACCUAUAUCACUAUCCCUCCUAUUGAAAACGGGCAGGGAGCAGCCCGUCACGGUUUGCCCAGCGACUUGACCAAGACCCAGAAAUGGCUCGUGCACAACCUGAUCAAGACCGAGUACCCAGGGCUGAAGUCACGGGGCAUGCCUACGUAUAUCCAGAUUGAGCAGCGCAACGGCGGUGCGAUGGAAUACGAAGCAAGAAUCAGGGAGAGUAACAUGCGCAUUCGCAAGCAUGUGGGAUUCCGGUGGAUCGCAGAGGCUCUAACCGGUGGUGACCUGUCGACCCUAGAACCGAGCGUAUUCGAUGGCUUCUUGGGGGAUGUACAGCAUCCAUCCAUCACGGCAAAGUCGCUCUCAGAACGGCUGAAGCGCCGUCUGAAGGAGAAUCGACCCAUUCUCGUCGGUCACAACAGCUUUACCGACAUGGUCUUUUUCUACAAAUGCUUCCUCGGUUCGCUCCCUGAUAAGGUGGAGGAUUUCAUCUCCUUGAUCCAUCAGACAUUCCCCCUUAUGAUGGAUACCAAGUAUCUGGCGACUCAGGAUUUUGACGCCAUGAACCCGUCUUCCUCACUGGAGGAACUCAACAAGACCUUGGCGAAGAUCAAAACCCCCAAGAUUGAAAUCGACAGCCUGCACUCCAAGUACUUGUACCGAGGGUUCGCCCAUGAAGCCGGGUAUGACAGUAUGCUUACCGCAAUUGCUUUCCUCAAGCUAGCAACUCACCUUGACAGAGGGAAAAUCCCCAAGGGAAAGAGGGGACGACUUGAGGAAAUCUCAUACGGGCUUGCCACUCCGACUACCACCCCGGUAGAGGACCUCUUCCCAACUCUCCCUCGGAACGGUUUCCAAGAGUUCUUCGAUACGGAAGAAGAAGGAGAAGAACAACAAGGCAAAGAGCCUGUCCUUCAGCAUGUCCUGGCUUCCACGCAAUCUAAGAAAAUCAACGACAAGGUGCAGCACGGAAUCCUGAUCCCUCGUCUGGGUAGCAGCUUCUGGCGCAUGUACGGAAACAAACUGCGAGUCUUCGGGUCGGCGGAGAAGACUGUGCACUUUGGACCGGUGGAGAAACCUGCGUCCCCGAAACCGGUCAAGCAGACUGAGAACGUUCAAGCAGCGAACGGGGUGAACGGAGUGAACGGAGUGGAAGGAAGCGAGAGCCCUGGAGUGAAGGAGGGUGUUUUGAUCUGCAUCAAUUAG